AUGGACCCCGUCAUCAUGAUGCCGGACAACGUAGAUGAGGCGGUCCUUAGAGCACCGAACUGUAAAAGGCCAGGUCUCGACGGGCUGCAUCACUACUGGCUUAAGGGUUUUGUGGUGAGUCACGCUGUGCUCGCCCGAUUGUUUCAAGAGGCUCUAGACCAGAAGUCGCUUUCGAGCCUCUUCACUACUGGUAUCACCUACUUGGUUCCUAAAGACCAGGAUACCACAGACCCGAGUCUAUACAAAUGCCGCCCCAUCAGGUGUCUACCGACCAUAUACAAGACACUGACUCCCAUUUUGAUGGCGAGAAUCACUCGUCACCUGAAUUUAAAUCAGGUGUUUUCGCGCGCUCAAACUAGUUGUCGGGGCGGUGGUCGUGGGUCCAAGGAACUACUCCUCAUUGACGCGGUCAUUGGCAAGGUGGUUAAACGCAACCGUCGGAACUUCUCCGCCGCCUGGAUAGACUACAGAAAGGCACUCGACUCGUUGCCUCAUACAUGGCUGAAGAAGGUCUUCGAGCUGUACAAGGUUGACUGUACAUUUAGAGACUUCCUCGGGCAGUGUAUGGGGCAAUGGAAUACGAUCCUUUGUCAUCUAGGCGAGCGGAUGAUGGCUGCGGAGAACCACAUAGGGAUAUGA